AUGGUCUCACAUCAGAGCUUGGAGGAGUCUGGAGAAGAUGCUUCUGGUCUGUCAAGCAGCGAUUACGAGGUCUACGAGCCGCGUGGAGAUGACGAGGAUCUCGAGGUUUCCGAAGACGCAUACAAUGUCAUGGAAUACAUUUCGCUUGACUGGCCGGCACAGAGCAUUGAUAUUCUUAGGGGGUUUACGGUUGUACUUGGAACCAACCCUGCCGAGGGAGGUACACCUGGGAUGGUGAGCAUCGAUCUGUUUCCAACCAAUGGGAUGAAAGCACCUGGAAAGAUGAAGAUCUCAAAGAGAAACGUAAAAGAGUCCUAUAAUAAGGUCCGAGUGAAUGGAGAAAUGGUGUACUGCCUGUCUGAUGACAAACUUGUGGUCCAUGACUCUAAGUUUGAGGAGGUUUACAAAAGAGAGAUCAGCAAGGGACUUGGGUAUGGGCUUUGCUUCAGUAAUAGUGGGUGUGUCUUUGGAACAAGGAGCGGAGAGGUGUCGACAAACGACUGGAAGUUCAAUGAGGUUAGCACUAUGAGUGUUCAUGAGGACUCUGUUGAGGGACUCUGCCACCACGACGGCAUGAUUUUUUCUGGGUCGUGCGACCACAGCAUUGGGAUCACAGACAUCAGAAGCGGAAGCACUGUUUUCCGGAAGAGAUUUGGGUCCGACAUAAAUGCUGUGGACUUCAACGGGGAUUAUACUCUUGCCUUUGGAGACGAUGAAGGAACGAUUCGAUUAAUGGAUAUUAGGAACCAUUCAAUAGAGGAGGUCACCAGGCACAAGACUCCGAUCAGUUGCCUGAGGUGGAGGGAUUCUGACAUCCUCGCCUCUGGCAGCGAUGAGCAGGUAUGCAUAUGGGACAUGUCUCUUGACCCAAGCGAGGAUCUUGGAUAUCUGCUGUUUGUCCACCAGGGACAGAAGUUCUACAAGGAUGUGGCGUUCUGCAGGGGAAACAACGACUAUGUUGUCACAACCUCGAUAGACGGGCUCUGUGUCUUCUACCCCAUCUCCUUUGAUGCUUGA